AUGAAUUACAUGUACCCAUUUGAUACUCAAUCAUUUAAUAAUUUAUCUUUAAAUCCAUCACAAGUUCAAAAUAGCAAUUCAAAUGUUUCAGAUCAAAUGAAAUUGGAGUUUCAAAUUAAAGAGACUCAAAUUGAAUCCCUAGAACAAGAAGUUCAAACUUUGAAAAGAUUAUUGGAAAACACAAAUAGUAAUAAUAAUAAACAAGCGUUAUCAAAUAAUAAUUCUAAUGAAUCUACUUCUGUAGUUCAAAUUCCUAGUAGUGUAGAACAAGUGUUUACAUUGUUAUCACAAUCCUUAGCUGAAAAGGACGUUCAAUUACAAGAGACUAAAGACACAGUAGAGUCUUUAAUUACAGCAAUUACAUUAAAUCCAACAAAUAAUAUAACAAAGGAAGGAAGAUAUGAUCCACAAACUGUUGCACAUAAAUUGAUGAAUAGACUAGAGAUUCUCGCGAGAGAAAAUAAAGAAAUGGGUCAAAUGUUAUCAUAUGGUAGAUCACAGGAGAUGUCCAUCCAAAUAAAUUUAUUAUCACAAGAGAAUGAGGACCUAAAGAAACGUAUUGCAAAAUUAGAGUCUCAAGGAAGAAAUCAAAAUUGA